CAUCAAAAAUAGACUAAAGAUAAAUCGUAUAGUUCAAUGUGGAUAUAAUUUGACAAGGAAAUGAUUUUACAGCACAGAAGCUAGAUAUUACUUCAAAGUUUUGUGCUAGCCAACCAAGUAAGCAAGGUAAUUGAAGUUUUUGUUAAAACAUGCAUUAAAUUUGGUCCCCCACUGGCCACUAUGAUAUUUUUCAAGGGAAACAGAGGCAAGAGUGGAUAUUGUUUCUCAGCAUGUCAAUUGUAUAAUAGAGCAGCUGAAAAAUCCAAUGUAUAGGGCAGUGGGAGGGAAAAACGCUCAACUACUCUCAUCACAGUAUAAAGCUCAAAGUGGUUUCCCAACCCUUGGAAAGGACACUUGUCUCUAAUUCAUUUCCUAAAAAAAGUUUCAAGUAAAUACAUAUUUACCCAAAUGGAUUCCUUAUCUUCUUCCUUUCUCUCAUCUAUACAACAAACAAAGGUCCCUAUUAUUCUAAUUAGACAUUCAUCGUCGCCCCCUCGAAUUUACAUUUCUUCAGUGAGGAUCGACGAUAAGCCUCAAUCCUCCACAUCCACGUAUACCAAAUUUCCAUCACCAUUGCCCACUGAAACUCCUCAGACUAAAAGCACCCCCUUGCCACCAAAAAGCGUGUCUGUAAAGAGGUAUAAAACACAACUAUCACCACCCAAACCUUCACUCCAAUCAACCUUUUUAGAUACAUUUGAUGACAUAAUCAACAAGUUCAUUGAUCCGCCCUCAAGGCCAUCGGUAGAUCCAAGAUUUAUCCUCUCAGAGAACUUUGCUCCAGUUGAGGAGCUUACUCCUACAGAAUGUGAGAUUGAAGAGGGUGUCCUGCCCUCCUGUCUUAAUGGGGCCUACAUCCGCAAUGGCCCCAAUCCGCAAUUCCUCCCCCGUGGGCCCUACCACCUAUUUGAUGGGGAUGGAAUGCUCCAUAGCAUUCGUAUAUCUAAUGGCAAGGCCAUCCUUUGUAGCCGCUAUGUCGAGACAUACAAGUAUAUGAUUGAGCGCAAAGCAGGGUCUACUAUCAUCCCCAGUGUCUUUUCCGGGUUCAGUAGCCUUCUUGGCUCUGCAGCUCGGGGAACACUGAGUGCUGCAAGGUUUAUUGCUGGGCAAUUUAACCCCAGCAAUGGUAUUGGGUUGGCCAAUACUAACCUGGCCUUCUUUGGCAACAGGCUCUACGCCCUGGGUGAAUCUGACCUACCAUAUGAGGUUAAAGUGACUCCAAAUGGAGACAUUCAAACCGUCGGUCGAAAAGAUUUUGACGGAAAGCUCUUCAUGAGCAUGACUGCUCACCCUAAGAUCGAUCUAGACACAGGGGAGGCAUUUGCCUUCAGGUAUGGUCCUAUGCCACCAUUUCUCACCUACUUCCGAUUUGACUCCAAGGGAAACAAACAGGCAGAUGUGCCUAUCUUCUCAAUGCUACAGCCCUCCUUCCUUCAUGACUUUGCUAUCACAAAGAAGUAUGCAAUAUUCCCUGAUAUCCAGAUUGCGAUGGACCCUGCUGAAAUGAUCUUCAGGGGUGGAUCUCCUGUGGGUUUGAACCCUGCGAAGAUAUCAAGAAUUGGAGUGAUUCCUAGGUAUGCCAAUGAUGAAAGAGAUAUGAGAUGGUUUGAGGUGCCAGGAUUUAAUGUUAUGCAUGCCAUCAAUGCAUGGGACGAGGUAGACAAGGAUGGAAAUGAAGCCAUUGUAAUGGUCGCUCCAAACAUAAUGUCUCCAGAACACACUUUAGAACGAAUGCACCUUGUCCACGCAUUAGUAGAGAAGAUCAGGAUUGAUCUCAAGACUGGGGUGGUCACCAGGCAGCCAAUGUCAGCUAGAAACCUUGAUUUUGGGGUAAUAAAUCCCAGCUAUAUGGGGAAGAAAAACAAGUAUGUUUACGCAGCAGUUGGAGAUCCGAUGCCAAAAAUAACAGGAGUAGUGAAGCUGGACGUGUCGGUGGCACAAGAACGGCGGGAAUGUAUAGUGGCAAGCCGGAUGUUUGGGCCUAGGUGCUAUGGAGGUGAGCCAUUUUUUGUGGCAACUUACCCAGAUGAUCCCAAUGCAGAUGAGGAUGAAGGAUACGUUAUCUCAUAUGUUCAUGAUGAAAAUACAGGAGAAUCAAGGUUCUUAGUCAUGGAUGCCAAGUCAUCUAACCUUGAUGUUGUUGCCUCUGUGAAGCUACCCCAGCGUGUGCCAUACGGGUUCCAUGGACUCUUUGUAAGAGAAAAAGAUCUUAAAGGCAUGUAGGCCACAACCCUCUAGGUCACAUUUCAGAAGCACUCUACCAUAUACCCAUAAAGAAAAGAAUCUACCAAACUUAUAGUAGUAGGUUGUAAUUACGAAAGCUGAGCAGAAAAUAUCAUCGUAUUCAUGUUCAAGCUUAUUAAACUCAGUCAUACUUGAGCUCGAACUUUCAGUUGAGCUCAAAAAUCUGUAAAAAAAAUCUCCAUCCAUCUAAUUAAUACUAGUUUCAAGCCUGGCUCAUUUAUAAAUCAAGCUAAGCUAAUUUACAA